CAACAUUUAUAAUCGGUAAAUGUAAUACUCAGUUGCUAUUUUUACGCGCAGUCUAAGUCGAAAGUUUGAUGUUUCGUAGUUAUGCCACUAGAGGCAUUUAACACGCUACCAGGUGGCGCAUGGUGACAUGACAUUUAGUUUCACCACCAGACGGCGCACAAGACUGGUAGUCUAGGCAACGAAAACUGUUUGAAAUCACUUGAGACUUGGAUGUCAACCAGUGCACACCGUGUAUUUUUUGCUCUGUUUUUUUUUUGAAAAUACAAGUGAAGUUUCAAUUUUAUGCAACAUUUGCAUAAUCAAAACGCAAAAGCGAACAUUGAUAAGUGAGUGUUUGUAAGAGAAAAAGUUUAAUUUGUACAGUUGAGGUCAAGUGAACGAACAAUGUCAAGUUGGAGUGCCGAAAAUAGUAAAGGGAUAAUCCCUCCACGAUGGUUACACUGUCCUCGAAAAAGUAUAGGAUUAAUAAAUAAUAAAUUUCUUGCAUUUAAAACACCACUAUCAGAAGCAUUUAAUAGUCAAGUUUCUGAAGAAUGUCGUUUUUCUGUAAACAUGUUGUUUGCAUCAUUAAAGAGUCAAAGACUGAAAAUGGGAUUACUAAUAGAUUUGACAAAUACUAACAGAUUUUAUAAUAAAGCUGAUGUCGAAGCCCACAGUUGUCAUUACUACAAACUUCAAUGUCGAGGUCAUGGAGAAACUCCCACCAUAAAACAAACAAAAGUUUUUAUUGAAAUUUGCAAAAAUUUUAUUGCACAAAAUCCAUCGGAGAUUAUUGGAGUCCAUUGCACCCAUGGUUUCAAUAGAACUGGGUUUCUUCUGAUAAGCUACUUAAUUGAAAGUGGGACAUUUAAUUUGGACGCUGCUGUUAAUGAAUUCUCAUCUAUUAGACCUCCUGGAAUUUACAAGGAAGACUACAUCAAAGAGUUAUACAGACGAUAUGAUGAUGAGAGUUAUGCACCGCCUGCACCACCAAGUCCAGCUUGGUGUUUGGAAUACGACGACUCCAGAGGGGACGAGAAAGAACAUGAACAAUUCGGAAGUAGGAAACAUAUCCGAAGACGUAAGGAACAUAUUGUUAAAAAUCCAGUUUUUAUGGCUGGAGUUCCUGGUGUGGUACCUGUACAAGAUUUAGUUAAAGUUGCAGGAAUUCAAAAAAGAGUUCAAGAAAUGUGCCAAUGGAAUAGAAAUGGCUUCCCUGGUUCUCAACCAGUCUCCAUGGAUUGGGAGAAUAUUGUUUUACUUAAUAUCAAACCAUAUAGAGUAUCAUGGAAAGCUGAUGGUACUAGAUACAUGAUGCUAAUCCAAGCAGAUAAUGAGGUAUUCUUCAUUGAUCGAGAUAAUAGUGUCUUCCAAGUGUCUGGAUUGGUAUUUCCACACCCUCGAGAUCUUUCAAGAAAUCUGAAAGAUACAUUAUUGGAUGGCGAAAUGGUCAUUGAUAAAGCAAAUGGUACCGAAUAUCCUAGGUACUUAGUUUAUGAUGUAAUUAUGUAUGACGGGAACGAUGUAUCUAAAAAAUCAUUUUUUCCUGAUCGAUAUACCAUCAUCGAGAGAGAAGUAAUGGGAGGCCGAUAUAGAGCACUAAAAGAAAGUAGAAUAUACCGAGAACAAGAACCUUUUUCUGUCCGACAAAAGCAAUUUUGGGAUAUCACACAAGUCAACAGUUUGUUGAGUGAAAAAUUCACCAAACAAUUGGGUCAUGAACCAGACGGAUUAAUCUUCCAGCCUUCAAAGGAGCCUUACAUCUCUGGAACUGCAGCAGAAGUCUUAAAAUGGAAGCCAUUGUCAUUGAAUUCUGUAGAUUUUAAAUUAAAAAUAGUCGUUGAAUCAGGUAUGGGUAUUGUACCCAGAAAAAUAGGUCAUUUAUAUGUUGGAGGCUUAAAAAAACCAUUUGAUUACAUAAAAAUUACUACAGAAAUUAAAGAUUUAAAUAAUAAAAUAAUUGAAUGUAAAUUUGAAAAUGGGCAUUGGGUGUUUAUGCGUCAAAGAACGGAUAAAUCAUUUCCCAAUUCUUUCACCACUGCUCAGUCUGUUUGCCAAAGUAUUAGAGCACCUGUUACUUCGGAAGAUUUAUGUGAUUAUAUUGAGAAAUAUAAAUUUAAAGAUGAUUCUGAUUGUUUGCCUCCACCAUAUAAACGACGUAGAUAACAAUUGAUAGAAAAAUUAGAAAAUUAAUCAUGUUAAAAUUGUAUUUUUUUUAAUGUUAACUG